AUGGCGGACGCGGUGCUGGGGCUGUGGGCGCUGCUGGACGAGAUGGCGGAGAACGAGCCGCAGAAAUACCGCCGGCUGCUGCGGGAGCGGCGCGCCGAGGCGGAGCGGUUCUGCUCCCGUCCCGAGCCCUGGUUGUGCGUGCGGACUCUGCCCGCCGCGGGGGAGCGGCGCCGGGGGCUUCGCGCCGCCUGCGGGCCGCUCUUCGUCAACGUCUGCGGCUGGAGGCGGGUGCCGGCCCCUGCCGAGCCCCGGGCCCGCAUCCCCGUCAUCGCGGGGCCGUUGGAGGAGGCGGCGGACGGGGAAGCCUCUUACAGCAUUAUAGAUAUUGCAUAUAACCCAGAUGUUCUGCAGAGGAGAGAAGCAAUGGAACAUUUGAUUCAUUUAACGCUGAAAUUCGUAGAGGAGCGAUGCAACCUUAUUCUUUCACAUUCGUACAAAAUUGAAUCUUUCAAGCUGAAAGGAAGCCCAGAAAGGAUGUGGCAACAACUGAAAGGCAGGCAGCUGCCACCACCCCACCUUGGUCAGAACACAGAGAAGGAACUGAUGCUCCAUCAGCUGCUGCACAGCAUAGAAGCUGAGGACUGCAGCGACACUCCUGUCCUGCUGAAGGAAGAAAGUGUACCGCAGUCUAAAGUGCAGCUGAUAGAGGAAAUCAGCAGUACAGAAGUGCCAGAGGAGCUCAGCACCCCUGCCUAUGAAAUGACCACUGUGAGGGAUGCAAAUAACAAGCCAGUAAGAAUUACACUGAAAGUUGAGUUGCCUGAGGUUAGCUCUGUUUCUGAGUGUGAUCUAAGAAUUUCCAAGGAUGACGUGAUCAUCGAUGUCCCUGAAAAAUACAAAUUACAAGUAGAUCUGCCAGAAUUGGUGGAUGAAGAAACGACGACAGCUGUGUUUAAUAAAGGAAAAGGGGUGUUGUUCAUCACAGCACCUGUUGCCAAGCCUGGGCAAUAAGGGAUGCAUUCUUUAGUUUGUGUUCUCAGAUGACAGAACUAAACAAAAGCCCGGAAUGAGAAUCCUGACUCCUGAUUGGUAGCGAGUUAAUGGACUUUCUCAUCUUCUGAGGUGAAUAUCUCAAAGGUAUAUGUAGAAAAGGAAGUCAGGAGGAAUAGUGGCCCACUGAGCUUUGGAAAACAUAAGUAAAGACUGUAAAUACUCAAGAAAUAAUUGAAUACAUUAAUAGUUGUAUGUAAAUGCACACAUACACUUAUUACAUCAUUAGUACACAGCAGUAGCAGGCGUUUUGUUGUUGUUGUUCAAUAGGUUAUUUUGCUUACUGGAUUAAUGUGGUUAGUGCAGCUCUGGUGUGUACUGCAUGCUGCAGCAGCCAGCAGAGGCAUCACACACAGUUCUACACGUCCUGCUUACAGCCAACCCCUGCUGACCUUCCCUGCAGCACUUUGUGGUUAUGUCACUGACUGUGCCGACCUCGCUUCUUAUCAGUUUAUAAAUCUGUGAAUGAGACCACGAAACGACAGGCUUUGUAUAUCCAAAGCAUGGUAAGAAUUGAAGUUCCAGGCAGGAAGCGGAAGCAACCAGUAACAAUUUUGGAGCAUUUCAGGCAGGAAAGCCACCUGCAUUCAUUUACAGAAUAAAAAAGCAAUGAAAGGUUACUAAGAACAAUUAGUAGUCGCUGCCAGGGGGAAAACAAAAGGGAGCUUAGCGCCUAUGGCAAAUGCACACACCAUCACAUUAUUGCAGUGAUGUAUUGUAGGGUACAUAGCAAAUCAAAACAGACAAAAGCUGCAUCUUUAAAAUGCAAACUCCUGAAAGACCACGAAGCCCCAGGUUCUCCUUUGUUUCUUAGAAGGCUGUACAGAAGGGAUUUGCAGCUAUUAGAGCCAGCAGGCAGCACCAGCACUGUAAGCACACACGAGGGAGAGACUUGCAGCCCAACAAAUCCUAUUCCAGACUCAUUUGGGGAGUGCAGCUGCAGGGCGUUGACCGCUCUUACUGCAGGUAGAAAACUAAAGCUUCCAUGAGCCAGAACUUGAGCUGCUGCUGAGCAGUGCAGCAGGGAAGCUGGGAAGGCUCAAGCUCGGUGCUGUGUGGUAUCCCGUGCUGAAUGAUCAUCUUGGGAUAUCUGUGAUUACAACUGAAGGUUAACAGGGCGAGUGUCGCUGUCAGAGGGAACGGCUGAGCAGCGCUGCCUGUGCCACAGCAGCACAAACAGCCACACGACUCCACAGAAAAGCACUGCGACGUGUUUUAGUAGUUCAAAACAUUUAAUGGAACACAGGUUCACUAGAGCAAGUCUGGAACCCAGAUAUUUUAGAUCAUUAAAAAAACAAACCCAAAAACAUAAUGCACUUUUUUGCUUAAGCCAGGCAUGAAAACCAGCUAUCACAGCAACCAGACAUUAAAUAGUUCCCACAAAAAUAUUUAAUUUCCACAGUAUUUUCUUUCAAUAUCUUUAGUGAGUUUUGUAGCAGAACUUUACAGGGGACACUCAAUGUGAGACACAGAGCGACAAAUCAGCUUCGUCUCUUUUUGGUUUGGUGCGGUUCAGCUUUUGGUUAACUUCCCCCCGUUCAAUUCUCCUGGUCGUGCUGAAGUUCCCCCACCAUCCUCCUUUUUGCACAAACGUUUCCAUGCAGAAAGUGGAAUUCAAGCACGUCCAGCAUUGCAGCCCUUUUGGGAUACAAUGACUGGGGUAACUGGACUCAAGUCCAACAAGCAAUUCCAACAUUUUACAUACAAUAUAUACAUGGACAGCAAUUCUGCAGUUUGCUGAGGCUGGGACAACACAGACAAUUCGGGGCAGAACUGCAGUACUGGUGACUAAUGCACUCCUAUGGUAGAAAAAGCCUGAAAAAGUUUCUGAAUGCUUGUAUCACACAU